AUGGCAUACCGCUCAUUAGUCUUGGGCGCCUUCGCCUCCACCUCUCUUGCCGCCAGCGUCGUGACGCCUCGAGAUCCUGUUCCGCCUGGAUUCGUCGCUGCCCCAUACUAUCCAGCGCCUCAUGGAGGAUGGGUCGCUUCGUGGGAAGAGGCUUACAGCAAGGCCGAAGCCUUGGUCUCGCAGAUGACCUUGGCUGAAAAGACCAACAUCACCUCAGGCAUUGGCAUCUUUAUGGGAAAUACUGGAAGCGCAGAAAGAUUGGGGUUCCCGCGCAUGUGUCUUCAGGACUCUGCGUUGGGUGUGUCGUCGGCUGACAACGUCACUGCGUUUCCUGCUGGCAUCACCACUGGUGCAACGUUUGACAAGAAGCUGAUCUAUGCUCGUGGUGUUGCUAUUGGUGAAGAGCAUCGCGGCAAGGGCACAAAUGUCUAUCUGGGUCCUUCCGUAGGCCCUCUUGGGCGGAAGCCUUUGGGUGGCCGCAACUGGGAGGGCUUUGGAUCUGACCCAGUUCUUCAAGCCAAGGCUGCUGCCCUGACGAUCAAGGGCGUUCAGGAACAAGGCAUCAUUGCUACUAUCAAGCAUCUGAUCGGCAACGAGCAGGAGAUGUAUAGAAUGUACAACCCCUUCCAGCCUGGAUAUAGCGCCAAUAUUGAUGAUCGGACUCUGCACGAGCUCUACCUGUGGCCCUUUGCCGAAUCCGUCCAUGCCGGUGUUGGGUCGGCAAUGACAGCUUACAAUGCUGUAAACGGGUCUGCUUGCUCUCAGCACAGCUAUCUCAUCAACGGUAUUUUGAAGGAUGAGCUUGGAUUCCAGGGCUUCGUCAUGUCUGACUGGCUGUCCCACAUCUCCGGAGUCGACUCCGCGUUGGCAGGUCUCGACAUGAACAUGCCAGGUGACACCAACAUUCCCCUAUUUGGUUUCAGCAACUGGCACUAUGAGCUCAGCAGAUCGGUUCUCAACGGGUCUGUGCCUCUUGACAGACUGAACGACAUGGUCACCAGAAUCGUCGCGACAUGGUACAAGUUCGGUCAGGAUAGGGACCACCCAAGGCCUAACUUCUCGUCAAACACCCGUGACCGUGACGGUCUGCUUUAUCCUGCAGCUCUCUUCUCCCCCAAGGGUCAGGUGAACUGGUUUGUCAAUGUUCAGGCUGAUCAUUAUUUGAUCGCCAGAGAGGUCGCCCAGGAUGCCAUCACCCUUCUCAAGAACAAUGGGAGCUUCCUUCCCCUGACGACUUCGCAGUCUCUCCAUGUCUUCGGUACUGCUGCCCAGGUCAACCCCGAUGGGCCCAACGCUUGCAUGAACCGCGCCUGCAACAAAGGAACACUUGGCAUGGGCUGGGGUUCUGGUGUUGCCGAUUAUCCUUACUUGGAUGACCCGAUCUCGGCUAUCAGGAAGCGGGUUCCCGACGUCAAGUUCUUCAACACCGACGGCUUCCCUUGGUUCCACCCUACACCGUCGCCCGAUGACGUUGCCAUCGUGUUCAUCACCUCCGAUGCUGGAGAGAACUCGUUCACUGUUGAGGGCAACAACGGUGAUCGCAACAGUGCCAAGCUGGCUGCGUGGCAUAACGGUGACGAGCUGGUCAGGAAGACUGCCGAGAAGUACAACAACGUUAUUGUGGUAGCUCAAACCGUCGGCCCUCUCGAUCUCGAAUCCUGGAUCGACAACCCUCGCGUCAAGGGCGUCCUGUUUCAGCACCUUCCCGGUCAAGAAGCGGGCGAGUCGUUGGCCAACAUUCUCUUUGGCGAUGUCUCCCCUAGCGGUCACCUUCCCUACUCCAUCACCAAGCGCGCCAACGACUUCCCCGACAGCAUCGCCAACCUCCGUGGCUUUGCCUUUGGUCAGGUCCAGGACACGUACAGCGAGGGCCUGUACAUUGACUACCGCUGGCUCAACAAGGAGAAGAUCAGGCCCCGCUUUGCUUUUGGCCACGGUCUCAGCUACACCAACUUCUCGUUUGAUGCCACCAUCGAGUCUGUCACUCCACUGUCUCUGGUUCCUCCUGCCCGUGCCCCCAAGGGCUCAACGCCGGUGUACUCGACCGAAAUCCCCCCCGCCUCAGAGGCGUACUGGCCGGAAGGGUUCAACAGGAUCUGGCGGUACCUCUACUCCUGGCUCAACAAGAACGACGCGGAUAACGCCUACGCUGUUGGUAUCGCCGGGGUGAAGAAGUAUAACUAUCCCGCUGGGUACAGCACCGCCCAGAAGCCCGGUCCCGCAGCCGGUGGCGGGGAGGGGGGUAAUCCUGCGCUUUGGGAUAUUGCUUUCCGUGUCCCAGUUACGGUCAAGAACACUGGGGAUACGUUCUCGGGACGGGCUUCGGUGCAGGCUUAUGUUCAGUAUCCUGAGGGGAUCCCGUAUGAUACGCCUGUUGUGCAGCUGAGGGACUUUGAGAAGACGAGGGUUUUGGCUCCGGGGGAGGAGGAGACGGUGACGGUUGAGCUGACCAGGAAGGACUUGAGCGUGUGGGACACGGAGCUGCAGAACUGGGUUGUGCCGGGGGUUGGGGGGAAGAGGUAUACGGUUUGGAUUGGGGAGGCGAGCGAUAGGUUGUUUACGGCUUGUUAUACGGAUACGGGGGUUUGUGAGGGGGGGAGGGUGCCGCCUGUUUAA